CGCGUCUUUGAAUGCGUAUUUCGACGGGUAUCAAAUUUUAGUGUUGUCCGGUAGACGGUGUAACAAAGAGGAAAAGGCGAGCACAGUCGUGUUGUUACCACCUGGGGGCUGAGGCAGGGUCAGCGUUCAUUUGCAAAUUCCCGUCUUCAGUUUAUCACACUAGAAACUCAGUAGAAAGACAGUCACAAUCGUGUGCGUCUGGUCAUUUCUUUCAGCUUUUCUUUCUCCGUGGACACGACGCGCUUCACGAUGAAAUUCAAUGGCACAUCUCGCAAGGGUCGUGCAGGCAGCGGCCACCACCAUGCUCGUAAAACUGCCGGUUGCUGCUGCGGCCCGAGAAUGCGCUGGGUCAUGGUGUCCGUCUCCUUGGCUAUCGUAGCUGUGUGUAUCAUAAGCUUUCUGACGAUGAGCGUGCCUCGCGUGCAACUCAACGACUAUGUCCUGGCCAGCAAGCACAUGCAGACGCUAGGACUGCGCUGCAACUCGAAGCUGAAAUGGACUCGCAACUGCGACGGUCAUGGCGUUCGACAAGAUGUGUACUUCUCCAAAUUCGAAGGGAAAGCGUGCGGACAGAGCGUCUGGGACCUGAACAAGGACACGCAGGAACCUGGGACACUGCCUGGCAAAGUCCAUUUGGUGUACAAGGUGUUUUCUAGCAAUGCCUCCGCUCACGAAUACUACGAGAAGUUCUGGGGUCGUCAUCUGUACGAGCGCCUUCCGCCGUACCUGUACACCGAGGUUGAUGAAGCGAUCAGCGACAGAGUGGGAGAUGAACGCAAAGCGUACUAUUGGCAUCCGAAGCAAGUCGCGUCGGGUAUGCCCGUACCGCUGCAGGCGGCACGCGUUCCAGUUCACGUUAUCUGCAUCUUCAGGCAAGGACCAGCGUUUGUUCGGGUCAUGACCGACGGAUACUUUGCGGCCACGAAUGAGAAGAAGCUGAUUCAAGUGGGAAUGUCAUUGUCGUUCGAUGUAGCGCGACAAGUGAGACGGGCAAUGCACAAGUUCACGCCGGUGCAGCAGAGAUUCUAUGACAUACAGUCACUGUCGCAACGGCAUUUCUUUGCAGGAGUGCAGAAGGUGCGGUCGUACGCCGAAUCCAUGUGGACGCUCUACUUGAAACGUAUCCGAAACCGACUUCGGAACAUCGCAGCGUUCUUCACCACACACGCAUCAAGCUUUAACGACUUCACAGCAUUUCUGUCUCAGAUUCUAGAGGAUGUGGUGACCUCGAAGAUACAAUUCUGGUUAGUAGCGGUGGCCAUUCUGUUACUGAAGCCUAUCCAGUGCUCCGUUACGCUUCAGCUCAGCAAGGCCUACCAGAAGCAGCUUCUUUGCAAGAGUUGCAUGAGAAUACACACAAGAGGCUUCAAGAACCCGUAGGGAUGAGUGCAUUCGGUGCGCGCUGGAUUCAUCCAGCCAGCACAGCCUGUCAUUCAAUGGAUCGCGAACCCGGAAAGCGGCCGUCAUUGACCGCGACACUCUUUGAUAUUGUGAAGUAAGCCGGUGGGUAGUGGCUAGUUACAUCCUAUUUUGCAGCUUUCAAUGCAGUGAGUACAUAUACUGCACCGGCCUUGUUUAUUUAGUACCGUCUUUUCCCUGCAGCUCCACUAGAAAAACUAGUUUUCUGACCAAUCGUGACCAGAACAAUUUCAGUCGUGUAGUUAACUCCGUAGUCAAUUUGUGGUGUUCUUAGUUACCGCUUUGUCCUAGUUUACUCCCGGAUAGAUGACUAUUAUUGACAUCACAGUGCGUUAUUAUCCGCCCAAUUUGAAGGUUAUCGUGACCCGUUUUUCUCUCUCAUAUGCGAGAGCAUUCCUCAUCUCUAUACUCCCGCGACUAUGUUCUGCUCCAUUCGAAGUUUAGUUAUUUCUCCUCUCAUCACGCUUGUUCAGAUAUAGAUACGUACUAAUGCAGUGUACCACAAUAUCAGCCUAUGCUAGAGCUAUAUCAUGGCAAAUUCCUGGGCAAGGCGUUCUCUUAUUGUAUUGAAGUGUGCGCAGCUGGCUUGCGUUGUCUAUAAUUUAUGUGAAACCUUUUCUGUAAAUAUUGUCAAAAGA